AUGCCGGCCCAGCCGCGCGGCGAUCGCCGACCUCCCCGCGUGGCCCUGGAGUCGCCCUACAGCCCGGCCCCCAGCAGAAGCAGCCCUGCGCCUUUAAGAGCCGCUGGGUUUACCUUUGCUCCGUUUCCCCGGCGCCGCGCUGCCCCCUCCUCCCGGGCCGCCCGGCCGGCCGCCGCGAGUGGCCCGCGGGACUCACCGCGCGUGUCCUGGGGGCCGCGGCGCGCCGGCUCCCGCCCGCGACCGCCGAGGGGCCGGGCCCUGCGCCCUGCUGGGGUCCCUGCCCGCGCUCGGAGCGGCGGCCGCUGCUCGGGAAAGGACCCUUCUCCAGCGGCUGGUCUGACAUGGCUGCUACCUUUCGGAGUCCUCAGACUGAGAUCUUGGGGCCUCUUCAUGGGAUGGAGGGACCUGGAAACUUUCCCCUUCAGUAUGGAUUUUUCAGACAAGCAGCAAGCAUGGUGUGUGCACUCAGGUGGGGAAGAGGAAGCGACCUCUCUGAGGGGCCCACUGAGGCUGACCUGGUUGGGAUGUGUGUCUCUGUGCUGCCACCUCCUGGCCAUAAAGGGUUAAGACAGGCCCUGCGCGAGUUCCUCAGGCUUCUUCCCUUCGGAGGCAUC